UCGAACUAUACAAAGUUCGAAGCAUGUAUGAUUUGUCAUACGUGCCAUAUUUUCCGAUAUUUGAAUGGUGACAGUCUGUCGAUUCGUGUUCUUGACGGUACCCAAACAAGGCAGGUUCCAGCAACACUCCUGCAAACGUUGGUUUCAGCAACACUGUCUGUUCAGCCAUUAUUUCGUAGCUUGAAGGUACUACUGUUCUGUGGAAUGACAACACAAUUAGUUUUCCUUCAAAACAAGGUGGUGAUAAAACCUUGGAUAAACUGUUCUUUAACGCGUUAUUAUUUGUUCGUCAGAGAUGUGCCUCUCCUGGCGCCUCAGAGAAAUAGGGAAAGCGGGAAAAGGGAUAAUUAUUUGCGCCCGGAGUUGGAUGGCUGCUCAUGAAUCCCCCAUCGAGGAAAGUGAAGCCAGACGAGUUAGAAAGGCAUCCUCGGCAUUCUUUCGACAUGUCUCUUUCAGAGUCUGACAACGACAGCACCUUUGGGACGCCGCAAAAAAGCCGCGCUUCGCCUUCGCCACUCUGCGGACAAACAGGAGACCGAAGUCCGUGCAGAGAUUGUGAAGACCCGCUGCCGUUUCAAGUCAAGACGCUCGCCGAGAUUCGACAAGAAAAGGCCAUUGCCCACUCCACGGUUGUCACAAGCACGGAAGAGCUGGACGUACCGGUCGCCAUUGAUUCCGAGCGAUUACAAGAGGAAAGGCUGCUCAAGCGCAUCCUGGGUGUGGCUGAAGUCUACACUGCUGUUUUGCCGGAGACGCAGAAGGAGUUAAACGGUGAGUAG